CGAAGUCAAUGAGAAAGAAAAAGAAAAGGCCAGACUCCAUCUUUGGCUGUCGGACAAUACGCACAUUGCUGAUAUUGGGCCGGUAUCCGGGAAGGAAGAGGACGUCGCCGCCAGCUCCCUGUUGUACAAAAGUGGUGGAAGUGACGAUAAUAAUGAGGAGAAGUUGAUUGCACUGUACGAGAAGAAAGACGAUAUCGGAAGAACAUCUGGCAUGGUCUCUGUGCGUCUGACUGAGCAGCUGCAGCGGGUGAAGAAGGUGCUGGCGACCUGGAAGGAAGUGGACGAACGUAUCUCCAAGCUGUGUGCCACUUUACUUGCUCAGGAGGAUACCUCACCUGGCAAUGCCCGCACUACUGAUGGUAAGAUCACGGAUGGGCUGGUUGGCUUUUUGUCCGGCAACUUCUCUGAGAACACAUGGAGGGACGAGUACCUCGGGGUGAACGCAACAGUAAAUAAUAAAGGUGGGGCUGCAAAGGCGGAAGAUGGUGUGACGUUCCAGGGAGCGUGGGCGGAGUGGCCCGUUGGCAGGCAGGGGGAGAAUCAGCUGUACCACUUUGCGAACCACAACUUCACUCUUGUGGCGACGGUGUCCAUCGACAAGGUGCCGAAGGAAGAUACCUCCAUUCCAUUGUUGGGUGCAAAGAUGACAGGUGCAGGGAAUUCUGUAUUUUUGGGACUGUCGUACGGCAAGGAAAAGAAGUGGCAGUUGCUGUCCGGUGACGAAACCCCUAAGGAGCACAGCAGCACUUUGGGGACAGAGAAAACUCAACACGUGGUAAUUUUGCUACGGAACGGCAACCAGGGCUCCGCGUACGUCGAUGGUAAGCGUGUGGGGAGUGCGUCGUGGAAUUUGGAUAAUACGGAUUCGAAAGAGAUCUCCCACUUCUACAUUGGAGGGGAUGGAGGCAACGCGGACGACAAAGAAAGCCGAGGAGACGUGUCUGUGACGGUGAAGAACGUCCUGCUGUACAACCGCCCGUUGAAUGACGCGGAUAUUUCUGCGCUCAACGCAAACAAAAUUUCUAUUCCAAAGACAAUGGCAGGGGAUACUUCUUCAUCUGCGGUGUCUCGCCCGAAUCGUCCUGCUGAAGAUUUGGCGGAAGGAGCAAAGGGUGAAGGUACCGCUCGUGACGGUGGGGCGCAUGGUGAUGCCGGCACUUUGUGGGGGAGCAGACUGCUGCCAUCGUUGCUUCUUCUGUUGGGACUGUGGGGGUUUGCCGCUCUGUGA